UUCCUGUUUACUAAAGCUUUUAAAGAAACAUUCACAACGUUUCCGCUUGUGUGAAGCACCGCCCCCUGCAGGCCGUCAUUAUCAUAACCAUGUCCACUUCUAGUUUUUCCGGAACAGAACAAGUUGUCCCUGAGCGCCAACAUGAUAGGUAACGUCGCUUUGCGCGCUUUUCUUCGCAAGAAGUCCGCACUUUGCACACUUUGCAAUGGAAGAACUAACUUUGCGCGCCCAUGGAGACGAGGAGAGUCCAGUCGCGGCAUCCACGUGGAGACUCCGCCCAUCAUGCCCACGCUAACGACCAGCUACGCCCACGGCACUUCCUCCUUCACGCUGCAGCACGCCACUGUCGGCGACGUGCUUCUCAAGGCGGCGGAGCGCUGGCCCGAGCGAGAGGCCGCGGUCUUUGUACAAGAUGGCGUCCGUAAGACCUUCGCCCAGUUCCAAGAAGACGUGGACCGCGCCGCCGCUGGGCUGCUGGCUCUGGGGCUGCAGAAGGGAGAGCGACUGGGGAUGUGGGGGCCCAACACGUACGAGUGGGUCUUGUUCCACUUCGCCACGGCUAAAGCGGGAAUCAUUAUGGUGUCCGUGAACCCGGCGUACCAAUCGCAGGAGGCGGAGUAUGCGCUGCGUUUGGUCGGCUGUAAAGCACUGGUGUGUCCCGAGACGUUCAAGACCCAGAAGUACUGCGACAUGCUCAGAGACAUCUGCCCCGAGAUCCACUCUUGCCAACCCGGCGACCUCCACAGCCGCAGACUUCCCGACCUUCGCACCGUCAUCGUCCUGGACAGCCGACAACCUGGAAUGUUCCACUUGGACGACGUGAUGCAAGCGGGCAGCAGCCGCUUCCUGCAUCAGCUUGACGAGCUUCAGAGGAAGUUGUCCUUCGAUGAGCCCAUCAACAUCCUGUUUACUUCUGGAACCACGGGACGUCCCAAAGGCGCCACCUUGACGCAUCACAACAUGGUCAACAACGCCUUCUUCGUGGGCAAACGCGUCGGCUUCGACUGGCGGCCCACACGAGUCUGCCUUCCUGUGCCGCUGUACCACUGCUUCGGCUCCGUGGGCGGCUCCGUCUGCAUGGCCGUGCACGGCAUCUCGCUCGUCUUCCCGUCGCCAUCGUACGACGGGAGAGCCAACCUGGCAGCCAUGGAGAGCGAAAAGUGCACGUUUGUCUACGGGACGCCCACCAUGUAUGUGGACAUGACGCACCAGCCCGACGUGCACAAGUACGACCUAUCGACUGUUGUCGGAGGCAUCAUUGCUGGCUCGCCGUGUCCCCCAGAGCUGGUGAAGACCGUCAUCUCCACCCUGGGAAUCAAGGAAGUCACAAUCGGGUACGGCACCACGGAGAACAGCCCCGUCACCUUCUGCGGCUCGCCGUUGGACAACAUGGACAGGAAGUCUGAGACCGUGGGCUACAUCAUGGACCACACCGAGGCUAAAAUCGUGGACCCGAUGAGCGGCGAGGUCGUCCCUUUGGGUUCGAUGGGCGAAAUCCUGAUCCGCGGAUACUGUGUAAUGUUGGAAUACUGGAACGACCGGGAAAAGACGGACGAGUGCAUCACCAAAGACGGAUGGUACAAGACAGGGGACCUCGGCACCAUGGACGCGUUCAGCUACUGUCGCAUCCAAGGUCGCAUCAAAGACAUGAUCAUCCGUGGCGGCGAGAACGUGUAUCCUGCCGAGAUCGAACAGUUCCUCCACACGCAUCCCAAAGUCAAGGACGUACAGGUGGUGGGUGUGGCCGAUCCCCGCAUGGGGGAGGAGAUUUGUGCAUGCGUCAAAGUCAUGGACGACCAGGAGUGCACGGAAGACGACAUCAAGAAUUUCUGCAGAGGAAAGCUUUCCCACUUCAAGAUUCCUCGCUACGUGGUGUUCGUCGACAGCUUCCCGCUCACCGUGACUGCAAAGGUCCAGAAACAAGAACUCCGUUUGCAGGUGGAGGAGAAGCUUGGGCUCAGGAAAGGCAAAUAAACUUUUAUUUUGUCAAUCCUGUUUCCGAAAUAAACUUUAUUUCAUUCA